AUGGGUAAUAGCGCUGACGAAUAUCCUGUCGACGGUAAAGCGCUGUACGACACUACUGGGAGCGCCAACAGCAGCGACACUUCAGUGGACGGAUCCGGUACGAAAGGAAAAGAUGGCACGACGUUUGUCUCGGCGGGCCUCGGGAAAGACCACUAUAGGCCUGUAGAGUCUUACGAAGGUAUCCAUCGGUAUGAUCCAGACUUUAUGUGGGAGAAGAAAGAAGAGAAGCGUCUGGUGCGAAAGAUCGAUAAGCGCAUCUGUACUUGGGCUUGCCUGAUGUUCUUCGCACUACAACUCGAUCGAGGCAACAUCUCCCAAGCACUCAGUGACAACAUGCUCGACGACCUCAACAUAAACACCAACGACUACAACUAUGGCCAGACCAUCUUCUACCUCUGCUUUUUGUGUGCGGAGCUUCCGUCUCAGCUCAUCAGCAAGAAACUUGGGCCUGACAACUGGAUCCCUAUCCAGAUGGUAAGCUGGAGUCUCGUGGCUAGCUUGCAGGCCUUUCUCAGCGGUCGUAGCUCAUUCUUCGCCUGUCGCGCGCUUCUUGGUCUGAUAGAGGGUGGUUUCAUUCCCGACAAUAUCCUUUACCUCAGCUACUUCUACACUGGGUGGGAACUACCCGGGCGGCUGAGCUGGUUUUGGGUGAGCUACCAGUCCACUUCGAUCGUCUCCGCCUUCCUGGCUUUCGGUAUUCUGCGUCUGCGUGGGCACAACGGCAUGGAAGGAUGGCGCUGGUUGUUCGCUCUCGAGGGUAUGUUGACAGGCUUGAUCGGUAUCGCAUCAUGGUUCUAUUUGCCGCCAAGUCCGACUCAGACUGCAAGCAGGGCCUGGAACCCUUUCCGUGGAAAGGAUGGAUGGUUCAGCGAGAGGGAAGAGAAAAUUAUGGUGAACCGCAUCCUAAGGGAUGACCCCAGCAAGGGCGAUAUGCACAACAGACAGGGUCUGAGCCUCCGCAUGCUGUGGGAAUGCAUCAAGGACUACCACAUGUGGCCAAUUUAUUUGAUCGGUUUAUCCUGGACUAUACCAUCUACACCGUCGACGGCGUAUCUCACGCUUCAGCUUCGAUCGCUCGGUUUCGGUACAUUCGAAACCAAUCUACUUACUAUCCCGGCAUACGUACUCUUCAUCUUACAGCUGUUGUCAUGGACGUACAUUUCCGAGCGCUUCAAUCAACGCUUUCUUGUCGGUCUCAUUUCCCAGGUCUGGGCUCUUCCACUCCUUAUCGCCCUCGAAGUGCUCCCCGCAGACGUAUCUCCAUGGUCACGUUGGGUGCUUUCAACUCUCCUCGUCGGUCACCCAUAUGUUCACGCUAUCCUCGUUGCAAUCACUUCCCGUAACGCUGGCGCAGUCCGGACCCGUACCGUGGCCAGUGCGAUGUACAACAUGACAGUGCAGGCGAGUAGCAUCAUCAGCCAGAACAUCUACAGAGACGACGACAAACCACUUUAUCGGAGGGGAAACAAGGUUCUGAUUGCAAUCUGCGCGUACAACUUUCUGCUUUUCAUUGGAGCGAAGUUCUACUACGUUGCUGUGAAUAAGAAGAGAGAUAGGAUUUGGCAAAGCAUGACGAAGGAAGAGAAGGAGACGUAUCUAGAGACCACGAAGGAAGAAGGGAACAAACGAUUAGAUUUCCGGUUCGCGCAUUAG